UUCUUUGUUCAGCCAAUUCGUUCAUUAUGGUCCUUGCUACGCUCUUCCGAAUUUACAUGGGUGUUGUCGAGCAUAAUUAUGCGUUCAUGCUGAUCAACAACAUCAUUUGGAUAAUUUACGCGGGACAGUUCGGGCUAAUGUGCUGGGUCUGCACGCUGACCAAUCGAGAAUUCAAGAAGACUGGUAUAUUGAUACAUUCUAUUAUUCCUAAUCAUGAAAAGACGGAUCGUGAUAAACCGUUGUCCGUUUUGGCUAUUUGCAACGAGCACGAUUAUUCCUUACAAUUGCACCAACAACAUCAACAACACCACGAAGAUCGCCGACGAAUUUCCCUCGACAUUAGUAGAUUCGGUUUGAACUACUUCAGCAUGGAAAAUCUAUUACGGGCAAAUAUCGAGCGUGAUUGUAUCAGAAACGAGAUUAAUGAUUUCUCGAAUCAACUUCAACAACAACCGAUUGCCUUUACCGCCUGUGAUUUUUUCGAAAUGAACAACGCUCUCUUAACUGGUUUCGUAGGUGUUAUUACGACUUACUUGAUAAUCGUCGUUCAAUUCUACCGACCUGAAAACGUCUAAAUAAGUUCAAGUGAAACUCAACACGG